AUGCGGCAUUCAUCACACCUGCUCAAUUUCCUGCCCGUCAAUCGCGAGUCUCGACUCGCAGGUGGUACCAAUUUCUCGCGCCUCACGGGACGAUCCGCACGAGAAAACGAAUUAGAGGUGGGACCAGGACUCCUGACCAAUGGAACACCCAAAAUACCCAUUCUGGAGAUCGAGAGACAGCGCGAUUGGAUCGACACCGCGACCGCGCGCGGAUCCAGCGAGGGCUCCACCGUCCGCGGUAUCUUUGCUGUUCUUCUCUCCGCACUGGAUGAAAAAGGGCGGACGAAUUGCCUGGAACGGAGAGGCACCCUGCAGGCGACGGGGAACGAGAACUCGCGCCCGCCAGGCAAAAAUGCCGAGGUGUGA